GACAAAGGGGACGACCCGCUGCUGCCCUGUGUAUCAGCCAAUCACAGGGCGCGUUACUUGUGAGCCGCGCGUGCUCCAGUGUUUUGGGCAGAGUGGAGGCUGUGGAGCAGGAGUAGUACGUACCGCAUCCUUAGCCCAGGAGAGGCCCGGGUCUUUGUUAUUGUUCUGCUCCCCUCUGUGUGCGGGGGGUGGGGGAUGGUUUUCAGGCUGAGCAGCGGUCCGUCCCGGGCUCCAGCAAUAUGAAGGAUGGAAGAAGACGAUGUGACCGUCAGGGAGCAGAACUUUCACAGCCAAGUUAGAGAAUGGAUUAUUUGCUUCCUUUUGUUCGCCAUUUUGUAUAUUGUGUCUUAUUUCAUCAUCCAAAGAUACAAAAGAAAAGCAGAUGAACAAGAGGAUGAAGACGUCACAGUCAAUCGAAUCUCGCUGUUCCUGAGCACAUUCACACUGGCUGUUUCAGCUGGUGCUGUGUUGCUUCUUCCUUUUUCCAUCAUCAGCAAUGAGAUCCUCCUAUCAUUCCCUAAAAGCUACUAUAUCCAGUGGCUGAAUGGCUCUCUGAUCCAUGGUCUAUGGAAUCUCGUUUCACUUUUCUCCAAUCUGUGUCUUUUUGUAUUGAUGCCAUUUGCAUUCUUCUUUCUUGAAUCUGAAGGCUUCGCUGGGCUUAAAAAGGGAAUCAAAGCUCGGAUAUUGGAGACAGUAGUCAUGCUCAUCCUUCUGGCCUUGCUCAUUUUUGGCAUUGUGUGGGUGGCAUCUGCCCUGAUCGAUAAUAGCGCUGCAAGCAUGGAGUCCUUGUACGCUCCAGGACAUCAUAUCUAUGAACCGGUGCCCAAAACUGAACAGCAUAUUCCAGAUCUCUGGGAAUUUUAUCUCCCCUAUUUGUAUUCCUGUAUCUCCCUCAUGGGAUGCCUCCUGCUACUCUUGUGUACACCUGUUGGCCUUUCACGAAUGUUUGCAGUAAUGGGACAGCUUUUGGUGAAACCUACAAUCCUUGAAGACCUUGAUGAGCAGAUGUACAUCAUAAGUCUACAGGAGGAGGCGCUGCAAAGAAAGCUUUAUGGACAUUCUGUAGUAGACAACAAUAUGAAGAGGAUUGAACAUGAUCUCAUCAAUGCAAAGGCUAUGAAAUCCAAACUAGAAAGACGCAAGAAAGCUUCAGCCUGGGAGAGAAACUUGGUCUAUCCAGCUGUAAUGAUACUGCUCCUCAUUGCAACGUCUUUCUCUGUGAUUUUGGUAUCCUGCAACAUCCUCCGCCUUCUGGUUGAUGAGACGGCAAUGCCAAAGGGUUCAAAGGGUCCAGGUAUUGGAAAUGCAUCACUGUUCACAUUUGGAUUUGCUGGAGCUGCUUUGGAAAUCAUUUUAAUUUUCUAUCUGAUGGUUUCUUCUGUGGUCGGCUUCUACAGCCUACGUUUUUUUGGAAGUUUCACACCCAGGGAAGAUGACACAACAAUGACCAAGAUCAUUGGCAACUGUGUCUCUAUUCUUGUGCUCAGUUCAGCUCUGCCCGUCAUGUCCAGAACAUUAGGAAUCACUAGAUUCGAUCUUUUGGGCGACUUUGGUAGAUUCAACUGGCUGGGGAACUUCUACAUUGUUGUCACAUACAAUCUGAUAUUCGCCAUUGUGACGACGCUGUGUUUAGUGCGCAAAUUCACCUCUGCAGUUCGGGAAGAGCUGCUAAAAGCAAUAGGUUUAGAUAAGCUUCAGUUAUCCAAUGUGCCCAGCGAUUCACCAUCCCCAAAUGGGCAUCAGAAAACACUGUGAAUUCCCACAAUCCUACUGCGACCGACAUUCCUGAGAGCUGAGAAGGUGGCCGGAUGCCUCAGACAUGGCUGUGCUUCUCCACACAGCUCUAAUAGGUUUAGCAAAGACUUCACGUGUAGGUCAUCGUGGCCACAUAGCUGCACUUCUGUGAAAGGAAAUAAUCUUGGCUUAUGAAGCCUCAUGUAUUAAAAAUGUCACCCAGAAAAAUGAUGGUUGCCAGAGUUUAACUUUCAUAAGCCUGACUGCACAAAUGAUUGGUGGUUAUUUUGGACAACAAGGCCACUUCUCUGGGCACAGUUUUCCUAUAUGAAGCUCAUUGUGGACAGCCUUGUCUUAGAUUCAGAACUUAUGUCUUAUGUCUGUUCCCCUAUUCCUCAGGUUGAGUCUAUGUCCUGUCAUUAAAUGCUACUUAUGAGAAAUAUGCAACAGCAAAAAAAAACCAUUGGAGAAACCAUUAAAAUGUAUUGGCUUAAUAGUGACAAAGGGGUUGCAUGGGGGGGCAAGAUGGAAAUCACUUGACUUUUGUCUGAUUGGUCAGGGUCCAACCACUGGGACCAACACUGAACACAAUAACCAAGGGUCCCAAGUGUCCCUGUUUGAAUGAAAUGUCAGUCACGCAUGCCCAACACCGCUCCAUUCAAAUUUUAUGAGACAGCUGAAGAUACCUGACAACGGUGCUUGGCUAGUUUUGGAAGCCCCAUAGAGUCUGAAUGGAGCUGCAGUCCUUGACUAACUCUCCUUUAAAACAGGGGCACUCUGGAUCCGCAUUCUUGUGAUUAGAGGUUAUCCUAGUAACCCCCAACCCCUUUAACAUAGAAUGAUGGACAAUAUUUCCAUUCACUUCUAUUACAGCGGGUUUGUUGCACAACAGUUGCAUAUAACAGCUUCUUACAGUCACCACUAAAUAUAGUUGUACACAUUGUGUUACCCAAAGUAGAAUUACUGUCUAAUGCAGUGAUUCUCGACUAGGGUGCCUCCAGCUGUUGCAAAACUACAACUCCCAGCCAACGGCUGUCCGGGCAUGCUGGGAGUUGUGGUUUUGCAACAGCUGGAGGCACCCUGGUUGGGGAACACUGGUCUAAUGUUACACAGCAGUAGUGCAGGCCAGGUCUAAUAAAUUUUAGACUGUAAUCACAUCUGUAGAUUGAGGUGCAGUUGUUAUAUUGAGGCUUACAGGAGGGUUUUCUAAAUCUUUCAGGCCCUAGUUGGUAGCUGAGGGGUAACACUUUUGGUCACUUAUUACUAAAGGCUCAUGCACACAGCCCUGCAGUAUUACCUACCCAUAGACACUCCAUGUGCCGCCCUAUGGUGCACAGUAUAGCCCAUAGCUUUUAAUCUGGCUGUGUGUAUGGACCCUUCAGGAUUUCCCCAUUGUCCGGCAAGUAACAUGUUCUGAAUAUUAGAUCUCAGCAUUUAUAUUCCCUGACAAGCCCCUUAUUUAUGUAGAAUAAACGGAGAUCGGCCGCCCUUUUAUGUUACCAUAGGUAGUAGUUUUGGUCUUCAUAUUCAGAAUAAAACCGCAGUUGUCUUAUAAAAGAUCAGUAAGUCACCAAUUAAAUAUUUUCUUACAGCAGAUCCUACAUCCAAGACCAUAGGUCAGUGUUUCCCAACCAUGGUGCCUCCAGCUGUUGCAAAACUACAACUCCCAGCAUGCCCGGACAGCCAACGGCUGUCCGGGCAUGCUGGGAGUUGUAGUUUUGCAACAGCUGGAGGCACCCUGGUUGGGAAAUGCUACCAUAGGUUGUACGACAGCAGGCCGGCACUUUGUAACUGUGAUCGUAAAGCAAUACCCCCGGUCUCAUCCUAUGUAGUGUUUACAAGAAUAUUCCCGCUGACCAGUUUACCCCACUUCUGCUCUUCCUUUAGCGGGUAAAAAAUAGUUUAUUGUUCUUAUAUUUAGAGUUGUUACUGGUGCUACAUAUACAAACAAAUACACACAAUAGUAAUACAACAUAUUACCAAGAAUUUACAAAACAGGUCAUAUAUAUGUAUUACAGGCUUAGUCCAUGAGAGGAGAUUCAGGGCCCUAAUAUUGAGGGUUGUGCAUGUUGACAUAGCCCUUUCUGCAUAUACCCAGAGACUAAGAGAUUAUCACCCGAAUAAGCCCAUGUCGCCCUCUGGUAUAGGGAUAGUGAUCAGCUGACAAUUACUUCUCCCAGGGAUUGACAUUUUUACUAUAUGUAUAUGACAGUCAAAGUGCAACUGAAAUGCCCAGUCUAUGUAAGCAUGGAUUUCUUUUCUUUCUGCACACAUUAAAAGAGUACUACGGCAAUGAGCUUUUUAUUUAUUUUACAUAAAUCUGCCCAGGCUGCAGGACUUGAAAACAUAAAAAUGUAUAUACCUCCUUAUGCUCCCCUGCUGCCUCUGUAUGGCUGAUCUAGGUCCCUGUAGGCUCCUCCUCCUGAUGCUGGGGGCCAAUCCGUUACAGGUCAGCUCGGACAAUGACUGGCUGGACACCACCGCGACCAGUGAUUGGUUGAGCAGCACUGUGACAGAUUGGGCCCCAGCAUCAGGAAGAGGAGCAUACAGAGGCAGCAGGGGAGCGUAGGAAGGUAUAUACAUGUUUAUGCCUUUAAAGGGGUACUCCGGUGAAAAACUAUUUUUAUUUUAUUUUAUUUUUUUAAAUCAACUGGUGCCAGAAAGUUAUACAGAUUUGUAAUUUACUUCUAUUUAAAGAUCUUAAAGGGAUAUUCCAGG